AUGCAGUCGAUCCUGACUAAGGUGGCACGCACGGCGCGCCCGCGUCUGUCGUUGGCGCCCUUCCUGCCGCUACAGUCUUCAGCAAGACGGACGCUCCACUUAGCUCCUCCCUUCCUCCUCGAUGAAUACACUCCCCGCUACCAGCUGCUAUCAUCUGUAGCAGAAUCCAAGAAGCGGUCGCUGGCAUACGCUCAUCUUCGUCAGUGCAACCUAUGUCCCCGGCUAUGCAAUGUCAACAGAUAUGAGACAACCGGGCACUGCAUGAUUGGCGCUGAGACUGUCAAGGUCAGCACUAUAGCUCCGCAUUUCGGCGAGGAGCCAUGUCUCCAAGGCCACAAUGGGAGCGGCUCCGUCUUCUUCAGCGGCUGCAACCUGCGCUGUGUCUUCUGCCAAAACCAUGACAUUGCACACCAGAAGCAGGGUUUUGAUCUGACGCCAGAAGAGCUUGCGGACUGGAUGAUCAAGUUGCAGCAAGUGGGACGUGUGCACAACAUCAAUUUUGUUACGCCAGAGCAUGUCGUACCCCAAGUUGCUCUGGCAAUUAUGGCAGCCAAAGACAUGGGUUUGAGGGUACCCAUUGUCUACAACACGAGCUCUUUUGAUAGCCUGGAUAGUCUGAAGCUGAUGGAUGGUCUGGUGGACAUUUAUCUGCCCGAUUUCAAGGUCUGGGAGGACGCCACGAGCAGACGGUUACUCAAGGCCGACUCAUAUGCCGAGCACGCGCGCAAGAGCAUCCAAGAGAUGUAUCGACAGGUAGGAGAUUUAUGCUUCACACCCGAUGGCAUCGCCCGCAAAGGCGUCUUAGUGCGACAUCUAGUCAUGCCGGGGAAGGAGGAAGAGGGCGUGAAGAUCGUUAACUGGCUUGCUAGCAGCCUGGGCAAAGACAUAUUCGUGAACGUGAUGGAACAGUAUCAUCCUGACGCUCACGUCGGUAAGUCCCAGCGAGGCUCGAAGACCGGGUCCAAGCGCUACCCAGAAAUUAAUCGAGCAGCCACCGAGCAUGAGGUUGGUAAAGUGCAGAAAGCCGCUCGCGAAGCCGGCCUGUGGCGCUUUGUUGAAGCUGCUGCUCAUGGUGGUUUCAACAUCUAG